AAAUCUGCAACAUUUUUAGAUCAAAUUACAUGAAAUUUGAUGUGCUGCCAUUGUGCGUAAUGGAUUAGGAAAAUGUUGCAGUACUCAGAGACAAAAAGUGAUGGUCUAGAGAAGAUGAGCUCAGAUUGAAGUGUUUGCUCAUAAUUUUUGAAUGGGGUGAAUCUCAUGACCACAACAAUGUCCACCAGUAAAUCUGCCGCCAGAAGAGCAAUUCUACAGACCUCCAGGACUAGAUGGAACAGGACGGAUAACUUUGAUAUUGUUCCUGUUAUCAAUUCAGACACAAGCAAGUGUGAUGGAGACAACGUAGAGCGCUGGCUUACGGCAAUCUCCAAGGAUGAUACAAAACCAGAGGUUGUCCUGGAGACGAAGGUGAAGCCCAUAAGAAGAAAUGAGAGCGGAGAAGAUGAUCUGGCACUGGGAGUGGAAGCAUCUUUAUAUGGCAGACGCUCUCUCAAGUCUGUACGAGACCUUCUGAGGUCAUCUCAAGAUCCUCCUGCUCUGUCCAGGUGGAACAGCUUUGCGUCAAAUGUCUCAAUACCAUCUGAUGUCAGUGUAAUGGACGUGUUGAACAUAUUGCAGGAUGACCCUGAAGAACUGUUGCUGGAUUUGGGUUUUGGCACUGAAGAGCCUGACAUUACAGGGAGAAUCCCAGCCCGAUUCCUCAAUUACCAGUCCUGCGCUCGUGGCAUCAGCUUUCAGCUCUUUCUGGAAGCUCAGCAGAACCGAAUGGACGUUGAAAACGAGGAUGUCAGAAAUCGGUUUAGACAACUCGAGGUUCUUCAGCAGGUCACCACGACGUUCUCCUCUCUGGUCGGUGCAAAUACUCAGGAUGUGGACACAUCUACAGCCUCCCGGAUGUCCGCAGAAGCACGAGAGAGGAGAAAACGCAUGGUCAUGAUUCUGCGUAGAGCCUCCAAGAAGAGCCUCAGCCAAGCCAAAACGUUACAGAAUCAGCACAUGCCCCCUCCUUUGACCUCCUCAGCUCUAUCCGGCCCAGAAUCAUCUGAGAUGCCAAUGGUAGAUAAAAGGAUCCCUUCCAAACGCACAAGGGUGUCGGACAACAGCUGUCUCUCCCCACUAGAAGAGGAGCAGAGCAUUAAUUCAGACUCAGCUGAGCCGGUUCUAAACAGCCUGACGGCAAGAGGAACAUCAGACCUUCUGAAGCUUGACUCGUUCCCGUCUUCAGCCAAAGAGAGUCUGCAACGGCCUGCUGAAUCUUUCGAGCUGGAAGAGAUCCAGAGUUUUGACGAAGGAAGUAUUCCUGGGAGCUGCAAUGAUCCAGUGGAUCCUGGAGGUGAACGAAUCGGAUCUUAUGUGAUGAGAACGAACAGUUGUCAAUCAGACAGCAGCGGCUUCCUAGAGGAUCCCUUCAUACCUGCGCUGUCCCAGCAAAACAACCCUGGACCCGAGCUCAUGAAGAUGCUGAAUGCAAUAUCACAAAAUAGCACAGAGGAUCAACAGAUGAGAUCAGAAGCUAUAGAUGAACAGAACUGUGAAACGGAGUCAAACCAAAAACACUCGCUUACGGCACACUCUGGCAAAACUGUUCUGGGAACAGCAGACUCUAUGUUUGACUCAGGAGAGUUGAGGAAAAUAAUAAGUGAAAAAGAAAACUCUUUAUCAUCAGAUAUUAGUAAAGUUAGCAGUAAUGGUGUUUACACUCUAGCAUACUUUGUUCAAAUGGAUCCCGUUGGUUAUCAGACUGAAAUUUGUGACCGACUGCAAGGAUCAGGAAGUCCAGACCAACGUGUUUAUAGGGAAGGCAUGUCCCUGUUUGAGGAAUUGAAAUCUGCCGAGAAAAACUUGCACUUGAGUCCUACUAAUCUGAGGACAGAUGUUGUGGAUACCUUUACAAAUAAUCUUGAGCUGGGCAAAAAAGAUCCAGCUUUGGAUCUGAUGCAGGAAUCUCCAGCUUCUACCCAGGGCAAAACCGUGUCCUCUGAUGCACCCUUUGGACACAAUUCCCCCACAGCGCUCAAACUCAGGAGAGAGUCUUUCUCCAGGAAGUCCUGGUCUGAUGUGAUCACGGAUAAUGACUCGGGAACAGCACAAACACCCACCACACAGACACCGUUCACAUCUGUGGACACAUCUCCACCUCACUUAUGGAACAGUGAGGAAUGUUCUGGAGAUCUUGGACGUUUGCGCACGCGGUCAAUAUCUUUGGACACGGGACUGUCGUAUGAGGAGGAGGAUCACAGACUGCAGGGCGCAUUGUGGGCAGGGGCGCAGCGAUGCUUCUACUGCGGGUCGCAAAUUGGCUACGACAGUGGCUGGGCAAAACCUCACCCUGAGCUGUCCCCCAGUCUGCCUUACUCUCUGGAUGAGCUUGAAGACAUGGUGAAAUGUUUGAGGAAGUUCCAGGCUGUUCUGACAGAAAUUGAAGUGAGACUAGAAGAAGAACAAGCAUCUGUGAUCGGAUCUCUGUCAGAUUCCCACAGGGAGGAAGUGGAAGAUGUUCUGAGGCUACGAGCAGCUGUCAAACAUGAAGCUGGGACACUUGAACAGCAGCUGUCUGAUCUGGUACAUCACUAUGAUGACAGCAUUAAAAUGAAGCUGAAUCGGCUCAUGGAUGAACAGUCUCAGCUGUGCACCCAACUGCGAAUUAGACCCUCUAAUACAGAACCCACCUCAACCAGGAGCGUGGCCAUUCAGUGCUGCCUGCCGCCCAUCACGUCCAAUCCACAGCGGUGUGUCCAUCAUCACUGCACCUGUCAUGGGGCAUGUCAAGAUCCACACCGGUUCCCCUGUCAAACCCAAUGGGAAGCUAAUUGCAAACCAGACAGGCUGGACUUUGUAGCUUUUAUUAAAAGUUUGAAAAAUUCAUUACAGCAUUCAAUCAACAAUAACUCAUUAGAAUAAGUGAUGCAGCCAUGCAGUGAUGAAGACCUGUCGUCUUGUUUUUUUGGAAGUCACUUAUAACGUGAAGUGCUGACUCUUGA